UGGAAUUGCUGAUUAAAAGAUAUGAACACUUUUAAAGCUUGCCUUAUAUAUUGCAAGAUAUCGUACUCAACUGACAUGUUAUUAACUUUGCACGUUUGUCUUGCUGCUUCUUCGAGCUCUCCUUAGGAGGAGGGUGUCUUUUCAUUUUCAGUAUUCUGCAAGGGGUAGCGGAGGUAGAACUGGCUAAGAGCCGAGCGCAAAAUAAAAGCUCAACAGAUAUUAAUUAAUAGAUUCAUCUUCUUGUACCUUCUAGUCUUGACUUUCCUUUUCUCCAGAUUUUUCUCCCUCAGUCUCUUCGUUUCAUUUCGGAAUCGACUUCAUUAUCUGUAAUUGGCAAUUUCAAACUACAGUAAUUUUGGACAGAGGUGCCUUUUCGUGUCCCUUAAACCUUACUUCUCAGGAAGUUGCCCAUUCUGGAACCUUACUCGCCCGACUGCUACCUAAGGAAGCCAAAUUCAAAGCAAUCACGGGCCCACGCCUAGGUGCCUCCUCGGGAAGGAAAAGUUUUCUCGAAAAACUUUUACGCCGGUUCCUUUGGGCAGAUUUUGAAGAUAACCGAAUUGGCGCGCGUUUCUGCCAAACAAUUCGACGCUGCACGAGUCACAGAAAUUCAGCGCAGGAACCACGCCUGCGGAAUACUGCGCAUCUCACAGACGGGGGGUCACCCCGACGGCGACGACAGUUUUCAGAUGCUUCAAGUGUUGUGAACAGAGACUUGUUCAGAUUAUGUGUUUCUCAGCUAGACUAAAUAAAUGUUAACAAUGGAUAAGUGCCAACACAUUGGUCAGUUGCGGCUUGCUCAAGACCAUUCCAUCCUCAACCCUCAGAAAUGGCAUUGUGUGGACUGCAAUACAACUGAGUCGAUUUGGGCUUGCCUUAGCUGUUCCCAUGUUGCCUGUGGAAGAUAUAUUGAAGAACAUGCUCUCAAGCACUUUCAAGAAAGCAGUCAUCCUGUUGCAUUGGAGGUGAAUGAGAUGUAUGUGUUUUGUUACUUUUGUGAUGAUUAUGUUCUUAAUGAUAAUGCAACUGGAGACCUGAAGUUACUACGAAGUACAUUAAGUGCAAUCAAAAGUCAAAAUUAUCACUGCACCACUCGUAGUGGAAGGGUUUUACAGUCUAUGGGUACAAGUGAUGAUUCUUAUUUCAUACAUGAUGCCACCCAAUCUUUGCUUCAAAAUGAAGAUCAAAUGUAUACUGCCCUUUGGCACAGGAGAAGGAUGCUAAUGGGUAAAAUCUUUCGAACUUGGUUUGAACAAUCACCCAUUGGAAGAAAAAGGCAAGAAGAACAAUUUCGGGAAAAAAUAGCAGCAAAAACAGAAGUGAAGAAAAGACGGCAAGAAUUAGAGUAUCAAGUUAAAGCAGAAUUGGAAAAUAUGCCUCCAAGAAAGAGUUUACGUUUGCAAGGUCUAGCCCAGUCCACCACAGUAGAAAUAGUUCCUGUUCAAGUACCACUACCACCCCCAGCCUCACCAGCAAAAGAUAAAGUAUUAUCUACCUCAGAAGAUGUAAGAUUUAAAAAAGCCAGUGACUUCUCAGUUAAACGAAGGCCAAUAGUGACUCCUGGUGUAACAGGGUUGAGAAAUUUGGGAAAUACUUGCUACAUGAAUUCUGUUCUUCAAGUGUUGAGUCAUUUACUUAUUUUUCGACAGUGUUUUUUAAAACUUGAUCUGAACCGAUGGCUGGCUGUGACAGCUAGUGAUAAGACAAGAUCAUCUUAUAAGCAUCCACCAGUCAAAGAUACAGUAUAUCAAAUGAAUGAAUACCAAGAAAAAGAUACAGGAUCUUUUCGCUCUAGACAUCCAAGUUUAUCAUCAGGACUAAGCGGUGGAGCAUCAAAGAGUAGAAAGAUGGAACUUAUUCAGCCACGGGAGCCAAGUUCCCAAUACAUUUCUCUCUGUCAUGAAUUGCAUAUUUUGUUCCAAGUCAUGUGGUCUGGAAAGUGGGCCUUGGUCUCACCAUUUGCUAUGCUACACUCAGUGUGGAGACUAAUUCCUGCUUUUCGUGGUUAUGCCCAACAAGAUGCUCAGGAAUUUCUUUGUGAACUUUUGGAUAAAAUACAACAUGAACUAGAGACAACUGGUACCAGGUUACCAGCUCUCAUCCCCACUUCUCAAAGGAAACUUAUCAAACAGGUUCUGAAUGUUGUUAAUAACAUUUUUCAUGGACAACUUCUUAGUCAGGUUACAUGUCUUGCAUGUGACAACAAAUCAAAUACCAUAGAACCUUUCUGGGACUUGUCACUGGAAUUUCCAGCAAGAUACCAGUGCAGUGGAAAAGAUACUGCUUCUCAGCCAUGUCUGGUUACUGAAAUGUUGGCCAAAUUCACAGAAACUGAAUCUUUAGAAGGAAAAAUCUACAUGUGUGAUCAUUGUAACUCAAAGCGUAGAAGGUUUUCCUCAAAAGCAGUUGUACUCACAGAAGCCCAAAAGCAGCUUAUGAUUUGCCACCUACCUCAGGUUCUCAGACUACAUCUCAAACGAUUCAGGUGGUCAGGACGUAACCACCGAGAGAAGAUUGGUGUUCAUGUUGGCUUUGAAGAAAUCUUAAACAUGGAGCCCUAUUGCUGCAGGGAGUCCCUGAAAUCCCUCAGACCAGAAUGUUUUAUCUAUGACCUGUCUGCUGUAGUAAUGCACCAUGGGAAAGGAUUUGGCUCAGGACACUACACUGCCUACUGCUAUAAUUCUGAAGGAGGGUUUUGGGUACACUGCAAUGAUUCCAAGCUAAGCGUGUGCACCAUGGAUGAAGUAUGCAAGGCCCAAGCUUACAUCUUGUUUUAUACCCAGCGAGUUGCUGAGAAUGGACAUUCUAAACUCUUGCCUCCAGAACUCCUGUCUGGUAGCCAACAUCCCAAUGAAGAAGCUGAUACCUCUUCUAAUGAAAUCCUUAGCUGAUCCAAAGACAGUGGGGCUUUGUUCUUAUGAUCUGUAUAUAUACUUUUUUUAAAGGGCUGAUUUAUAAUUUUGAGCUUGUUUUUAUUUUUUACUUAUGAAUCAGUGUACACUGUGUUUCUACAUUUUGUAUCUAACUACAACAAAACUCUUUUUACAGAGACAAAGUUAUCAGAAAUAAGUGCAUAUCAAUGACAGCUGGUAACUAAACUUUUUUCAAGUACUUAGGAGUUUUAAAACUUUUAGUGUUUACUUCAGACUGGUGUUACCUCUUUUAUAUUUUAAUGUCUUAAUUGGCUCAGAUCAUGAAUUUGUGCAAUCUACUGAAGAAGUUCAGGUGGCAUCAUUUUAUACAAUUCUUAUCUUUUGUAGCUAUUUUCUAUACAAAUUCUUAUUAGAUAGAAAAUUAGACAUUUUCUUCACUAGCAGUCUUACCAAAAAAAUAUUUGUAUAUUGAAAUCACCUUUGCCCCUUGAAGGGAGUUAAAACUACUAUUCAAAGUGAAAUAUCAAGGUAUCACCUAAAUAUUAAUCAGUCAUACUCAUUGAUAUUCCUGAGGCUUUGUGUUACAGGGUCAGAAUAGACAUUACUUCAGUUAAUGGAACUUCAUUUUUUCAAAAAUUUAUAGUUUUAAUAAUUGUUCUUUAUUUGGCAUAGUCAAACUGUAUGCAAAUGAAAAUGACAGCUUUAUAAAUAGUAUGUUUAAAUGACUUCAGAAAUAUGAACAUGAAAACAACGCUGGGUGGGACUUAUAAUGAUGAUUUGUCUGGCAGCAAACAGGUUUGUCUAGAUUCUAAUAAAGUAGUCAUAUCAAAAAUUUGAAUUUAGCAAAUAGUGUAUUAUGAUUAUGCAAGUACAGUUUAACUUGGAUAUGAGUUCGUUUUAUGUUUAACAUUAGAGCUCUUAAAGCUUUGUACCAUAUCAUAUCUUGAAAUUUUUAGUAAAGGAAAAAAAAUAAGUCUUGAAGAAAAUUGCAUAGAGCAGAUAAGAUAAUUUCAAAAUUGGCAACUGGGCAACAUGUUCAGCAUCUUAUUUUUCUAAAUAACUAAAACCUGGAUUACUUACUCUUGCUAGGAUUAUGUGAAUACUAAGAACCUCUUAGUCAAACACUGGGCCCUUUUUUUUUAAUUAAAAAUUAUCUAAACUUG